UCCGUCAUCUGCACAGAACAGCGCCGAAGAAGGAAAAAACUGUCACAGGUCACCGGUAUCUUAAGAAGUAGGAGGAGAAAGCCGGCUGAAACCUUGCGUUUAGCUUUCACGUUGAUGUAUGAUCUCAGUGAACAUCUGAGCUCUGCCUUCAUUAUUUUCUUUAGUUAAAAAAAGAUCGUCAUGGCCAAGAAGAGAGCAGGAAACCGCGAGACGGAGAGCAGUCCGCUGGUGGAGCAGGAACCGAGGCCCUCCAAAGAAACUCCAGUCCCCAAAGGAGCCCAGUCACCAGGUGGAGCCUCUGCACGCAUGUCAAUCCUCCUCCUCGUCGUUAUCUUCGCCUGCUCUGCCUGUGUCAUGUAUCUGGUGUUCAGAAACUUCCCACAGUUGAGCGAAGACGAGAGAGAGAAAAUUAAAAUCCCCAAAGACAUGGAAGAUGCAAAGGCACUGGGGACAGUACUGUCCAAAUAUAAGGACACAUAUUACACCCAAGUGCUUUUAGCGUACUUUGCUACAUACAUUUUCCUUCAGACAUUUGCCAUCCCAGGCUCCAUUUUCCUCAGUAUACUGUCUGGUUAUCUCUACCCCUUUCCUUUAGCUCUCUUUCUGGUCUGUCUGUGUUCAGGCCUUGGAGCGUCUUUUUGCUAUAUGUUGUCUUAUUUAGUCGGGAGGCCGAUGGUCUACAAGUACCUCACGGAGAGAGCUCAGAAAUGGUCACAACAGGUGGACAAGCACAGAGAGCACCUCAUCAAUUAUAUCAUUUUUCUGAGAAUAACUCCUUUCCUUCCAAACUGGUUUAUCAACAUCACCUCGCCGGUCAUUAAUGUGCCUCUGGGUGUCUUUUUCCUGGGCACCUUUCUCGGAGUGGCUCCUCCGUCCUUUGUGGCGAUAAACGCAGGGACGACGCUCUACAAACUGACCACCGCUGGCGAGGCCGUGUCCUGGAACUCUCUUCUGGUGCUGGGGGUUUUGGCCGUCGUCUCCAUCCUGCCGGUUUGCUUUCAGAAGAAACUCCAGCAAAAGCUCGAGUAGAGAGAGGUCUCCCACCCCUGCUUGAUUCAACUCAGGAAUGAUACUGAUCCUCUAAACUUCUCCUCAUUUUCGACUUCUUCUUUUAUGCAUGUAUGACCGACCCCUCAUACAAAGGGCAGGACCGGCCUUCCAUAGUUUCAACAGCACUGUCACGCAACGAAGAUUCAAUCGUCACUGAUUUUCUCUAGCAAUAUAUUCCACGUCGACGUCUUCAGUGGAUUUUAAAGUUCAUAUAAAACAGCAGUGAUUCAUGUGCGAUACACUGGAGAAAGAGCCGUUCACUCCCUCUCAAGUCGCUGAGCUGAAAUGGAAAGUGCCAACUUUUGUGCUCUACUUUGACGAUGAAGUAUUACAUGCUUCAGAAACCUUUUGAGGGGGAGCUUUGUGAGUUUAACCGAGUUCGAUGUUAUUUCGUAAGCCAGCUGAGACUGUGAAUGGAUUAUGCAACAGUGCCCUGUGUAGUGUGUGCUGAUGCUAACUAUAGACCACAUUGCUAAGCUCUUAUUAUGGACUUAUCGGUAACACUUUAAAAUACGGGACUAUUAGUUAUGUAUUGCAUAUAUUAAUCAUAGUUUAACAUUACUUAACUAACGCAUUAUUCAAAUUAAACGUGGUGCUUGUUAAGAUUAGUUAAUGCGUCGUUAGUUAGCUAAUCAAUUGUAUCCUUAAUUAAAAUACUUUAAUAAAUGUUGAACUAUGAGUAAUAUAGAGCAUUUUGAUGGAUGUAACCAAUAACAAUGGUUCUGAAGUAGUUGCUGUUUUGCAUUUUAAAUUUCCACACAGCUUCUGAGAGUCCAGAAAGUUCCACUUAUUAAUAAGAAAUGAUAGCUGUUAUAAGAUCAAGGUAUGAUUGAAUCACGUCUUAUUAAUAGUUUGACAACAAGCUGGAAAUGUCCAAUGACAUCCACAUUGAAAUGAUCUAUAUGCUGUUAUUCAGUGUUUCUCAACCAUGUUCCUGGAGGACCACCAGCUUUGCACAUAAACCAUGUCUGUUUAACCAUUCAGAUCAUCAGCUCAUUAGCAAAGACUGAAAGAGCUGUAACGGGUGUGACAAAGGAGACAUCCAAAACAUGCAGUGCUGGUGGUCCUCCAGGAACGUGGUUGAGAAACACUGCUGUAGAACUAUGAUUAAUAACAUUAACUAUGUUUCUCCUAUUGUAAAGUGUUACAGAUUUAUUUCUUCCCCCCUAAAACUGGUAAAUGUGGAUGAUGCCAUGUUAGUAUUACAGAUUUAGACGGUAGAUUACAUCUAGAAAGUUCUGCCUUAAUAUAAAAGCUUACUUGAAGUCAAACGGAAUUAAUAUUUUGAUGUCACACGUACUGAACCAUUAACACCUGUUUUAUUUUAAGCUAUUGUGGUGACACUAUAAUAACUACACACUAUGAAUCAUUUACACUGAAAAAAUGAUUCAUAGAUGAUUCCUUGGAUUUACUCAAUUUUUUACGUUAAGUUGUUGUAAACAAUUUAUUUGGGCUGAAUUUAAACAAAAAAUUAAGUUGAACAUUAUUAAAUUUAAUUUGUUUAUUUAAAUGGAACACAAAUAAAUUGUUUGCAACAGUUCUGCAUGCAACACUUCUUUUUCAGCGUAUCAAGCAUUAGCAAAUAGUGAAUUCAUUAUUAGUUAAGCAUUAACUCUACAUUAGUUAUGUUUAAUGAGCAGUUUAUAACUGCAGCUACAAAUGCUGUGUUCUUGACUCCUAAGCACACGUGUAAUGUGCUUAAUAAUUGUGUGUUUUCAUACUUUGUUAAUGAUGAAUUUUGUCAUUAUUAAAUUAAUUACUGCAUUAUUUACAAACCAGUUAUUUAAGAAUAGUUGGUGUUUUUUUUAGAUCCUUCAGAAUGCGUAAAUCAAUGAUUAAUAAACUAUUCAAAUU